UUCACAAUAUUCUCUCCUCUUCUCUCUAAAGUUUCUCUAAACACAAACUUGUUUCAAACUUGAAUUCAAGAAACCUCUAACUUGAAAGAACGAUUUGUACUCAUGGCAAUAGAGAUUGUACAACCAAGUACUGUUGGAUUAUCAAAGAUAGCAGUCUCUGAUACCCAUGGGGAAGACUCCCCUUAUUUUGCAGGAUGGAAGGCUUAUGAUGAAAACCCUUAUCAUGAAAUAAAUAAUCCUACAGGGGUGAUUCAGAUGGGACUAGCAGAAAAUCAAGUGUCUUUUGAUUUGCUUGAAGAAUAUUUGGAAGCAAAUCUUGAAUCAACCAACUGGGGCCAAAAAGUUUCUGGCUUUAGAGAAAAUGCUUUGUUUCAAGAUUAUCAUGGGCUUCUAUCUUUUAGAAAGGCAAUGGCCAGUUUCAUGGAAGAAGUGAGGGGAGGAAAAGCAAAAUUCAACCCCGACCGUGUUGUCUUGACCGCUGGAGCAACCGCUGCUAACGAGCUUUUAACCUUCAUUUUGGCUGAUCCUGGCGAUGCUUUGCUGGUCCCAACCCCUUACUAUCCAGGAUUUGAUAGAGAUUUAAGGUGGAGAACUGGUGUACAAAUUGUUCCAAUCCACUGUGACAGCUCAAACAAUUUUCAGAUUACUCCAGAAGCCCUAGAAGCAGCAUAUGAUCAUGCAACAUCAAUGAACAUAAAAGUGAGAGGAGUGCUCAUCACAAACCCAUCAAACCCAUUAGGUGCAACCAUUCAACGAAAGGUUCUAGAAGAGAUUCUAGAUUUCGCAACCCGAAAGAACAUCCACCUAGUUUCUGAUGAAAUCUACUCAGGUUCAGCAUUCUAUGCAGAUGAAUUUGUUAGCAUUGCAGAAGUUCUUGAAUCAAGAAACUACAAAGACUCAGAAAGAUGUCACAUUGUUUACAGUCUUUCAAAAGAUCUUGGUCUCCCAGGGUUCCGAGUGGGAACAGUAUAUUCAUACAAUGAUCAAGUUGUGACAACCGCAAGAAGAAUGUCUAGUUUCACUUUAAUCUCUUCACAAACACAGUUUUUAUUGGCAUCUAUGUUAUCAGAUAAAGAAUUCACCAGGAAAUACAUAAAAAUCAACCGCGAAAGGUUGAAGAAACGAUACGAAAUGAUCAUUAACGGGCUGAAAAAGGCCGGUAUUGAAUGCUUAAAAGGGAAUGCUGGGCUCUUUUGUUGGAUGAACUUGAGUCCUUUCUUGGAGGAACCCACAAUCAAGAGCGAAUUAGCGAUAUGGAAGACGAUUAUGCAUGAAGUGAGGCUAAACAUAUCACCUGGAUCAUCCUGUCAUUGUUCCGAACCAGGGUGGUUUCGAGUUUGUUUUGCGAAUAUGAGUGAAGAAACACUUGAAGUUGCACUCACAAGAAUUCAUGAGUUCAUCAAACAAAGGAAGCAAUAGGCAAGUUUUGUGUUGACACAACAUUCUUUCCUUUUUUGGCAAUCAUUUUUUAGCUGGUGGCAAGCUCAAAUCAACAUUAGGGUUUUUGCAUAGUGGGGAUUUAUUAUAUGUUUUUGCUCUAUCUUUCUUUGGGAUUAUUAAAAUCUCCAAGAAUAAUGAGUUUAUAGAAUCCCUUUAAUUGUAUGACCUUUGUAGAUUGAAUCUGUUAUCAAACUAAGUGUAAUAAAAUUUUCAAAUAAAUAUAUGUGUAUCUAUAA